CUUUUAAAUAAAUUAUUAAAAAAAAGAAAUAAUUCCUUAUAAAAUGCCAUCAAAGAGAAGAAAUAAUGGUCGUUCAAAGAAAAAUAGAGGUCAUGUGAAGCCAGUGACAUGCUCAAAUUGUUGUAGAUUAGUUGGAAAAGAUAAAGCCAUUAAAAGAUUCACAGUUAGAGAUAUUGUUGAUGCUUCAUCAAAGAAAGACAUUUUAGAAGCUUCAGCUUAUGAAAACAAAUAAUAAUAGUCAAUUCCAAAAUUAUUUGAUAAACUUUAAGUAGUGUUAAUAAUAAAAAGUUAGUAUUGCGUUUCUUGUGCAAUCCACGCACGUAUUGUUAGAGUUAGAUCAGCUGAAGACAGAAGAAUUCGUGUUAUUGAAAGAAAACGACCUGUUUAAUAAUCAUCAUAAAAAAAGGAUGCCAACAAACCAUAAGCUCCAGUUGCAGCUUAAUGAUAUAUCUAAUACAAACAUACAUUAUAAUAUUUGAAUAUAUUAUCAAGC